UAUGCAAACCCCAGAAUAAAUCAAAGUGGAAUCGAAAACUUGGAAAACUAUAUAUCCUCCUUAUAUUGAUUCAACAUUAACUACAGCAUAAGGUAGUGAUAUAAAAUCUAUAAUAUAGGUAGAAGAUUAGGAAAAUCUAAUUGUGUUCCUCAUCCAUAAAUGAUGGAGAUAUCUUAAUGUCUAAGUUCACUUGGAUUGAGACAUGUGAUUGAUGUACUCAAUAAAUUUAUUUAAGUAACAUGCAGGAUAUCCUAGGGAUAUUUUCUAAUAAGGUAGAAUUAAAGUUCGUCUUUAUGCUGAAGAUAAAAAGCCAUAUAAUCCAUAAAUUAAAUGCAGUAUUAUAUUACUUAAUAUUAGAGCAUACUCUAUUAUAAUCAAUAGCAAAAAUGAUUAAAUCAAUACCAAAUAGAAAAGUAGAAGUUCCUCCUUAUCUUGCAUAAAUGGAAAUUGAAAAAUAGAAUAAGCCAGUUUAAAAAAAGUAAACUUCAAAUAAAAAAAAGCAUAAAAAUGCAUGAG